AGAAACGUGACAAAGGUGUUGUUUUCCCAAGUCUUUCACUGUUUUUUUGGCGUAGAACGCUGCGCUGCUCCACUUAACAUCCAACAGGUUGAAUGUUUUGCUUUCUUCUUUUGUACACGUCUUCAUGAUUCGAAAUUUACUUUGCAGCCAGAUUGCAGCUGACCAAUGUCCUCCCGGCCACAAGUUUAUUUAACCCGGAAAGAAUGUUUCAGUGCGUGCCACCGGUUGCAUAGUCCCUUCCUGAGUGAGGAAGUGAAUCGACAGGUGUACGGCAAGUGCAACAAUCCCAACGGGCAUGGACACAACUAUACCGUGGAGGUCACGGUACGUGGCCCAGUCGAUAGCAAGACGGGCAUGGUGAUGAACAUAACCGACCUGAAGGAAUACAUGGAACAGGCGAUCAUGAAAAAGUUGGACCAUCUAAACCUCGAUAAGGACGUGCCAUACUUUAAGAAUUUGGCCAGCACCACGGAGAAUGUGGCUAUCUUCAUCUGGGACAGCCUGAAGCUAAUCAUGGAUAAGCCGGAGCUGUUGUACGAAAUUAAGAUAUACGAAACGGACAAAAAUUCGGUCAUUUAUCGUGGGGAGAAACAUUCGGUUGGACAUCACCAUCACCACGAAGCGGCCAAACAAUCCCGAGUUACAAACUCAUCGGAAAACUCGUCGAACCUCUCGUCCGAUUCGGACGGCUAGGCAAGGUGACUCGUGAAGUUGUGACCAGUAUUGCAAAGAUCUGAAACGCCUACAUCCCAUGACCAGAAGAUUCCCCUCGUACCGGUAUAAUAUUUUUUCGGGCCUUGACAAAAGAAUGAACUCGCAGCAACAGUACUUUAGGAGCUAAUAAAAUUGUUUCCAAUUGAGCAUACAUCCUAGCACUGCUUUAUU